AUGGCGCAGAUGCGAGGACCAGGCAGCUACGGCAUGGCUUCGCCGAAUCCGUUUGGCGGGCCGUCGGAAGAGAAGACAGAUAGCCCGCUGGACGCGAUCCGGGAACAGACGAGCAAGAUUGAGGACCUCCUGGACAGACUGAGCGAACCAGUCAAGCCAUUCUUGCCCGCAAUCGGCCGCUUCCUGAUCGUGGUGACGUUUAUCGAGGACGCUAUCAGAAUAAUAACACAAUGGAACGACCAACUGCUGUACCUCCACGACUACCGUCACAUUCCCUCCGGCCUCACGCACCUUUUCCUCAUCGUUAACGUCAUCGUCAUGGCGGUUUGCUCGACGUUGGUCAUCAUCCGGCGACACUCGGAACACGCCGUGGGGGCCCUCAUCGGUGUCGUUAUUGCGCAGGCGCUCGGAUACGGCCUCAUCUUCGACCUCAACUUCUUCCUCCGCAACCUGUCCGUCAUGGGCGGUCUGCUCAUGGUCCUCUCCGACUCAUGGGUGCGCAAGACCAAGGCGUUCGCCGGCCUGCCCCAGCUCGAGGAGAAGGACCGCAAGAUGUACUUCCAGCUGGCCGGUCGCGUCCUGCUGAUCUUCCUCUUCAUUGGAUUUGUCUUCAGCGGCCAGUGGUCCAUCUGGCGUGUGGUCGUCUCGCUGGUCGGCUUGAUGGCCUGCGUCAUGGUUGUGGUUGGUUUCAAGGCCAAGUUCAGCGCGACGCUGCUGGUGGUUAUCCUCAGUGUCUUCAACGUGCUGGUCAACAACUUCUGGACCCUCCAUGAGCACCACCCUCACAAGGACUUUGCCAAGUACGACUUCUUCCAGAUCCUCUCCAUCGUUGGCGGUCUCCUUUUGCUUGUCAACAGCGGCCCCGGCCAGUUCAGCAUCGACGAGAAGAAAAAGGUCUACUAA